AUGAUUCUUGAAAGUAUCCCUUCGAAUAAUGCAAAACAAAGCGUAGCUGUGUUGUUUACAUUGUGCGUCUUGCUGUUUUGCUUGCACUCAUCAAAAUGUCUACUUUCUUGUGACAAAGUAUACAGACAUACAGCAGAAAAUGGGACGUUGUUAUCUGAAGAAAAUCUCCAUUUUUUGGUGCCUACUACGUGCAUUUGGGAAAUCCAAGUACCAACGGGCUAUCGAAUCGAAUUAACCGUUCGCGUUUUCGAGAUCAAAACGGCGUGUUGUUCUUGUAAAGAUGAUUAUGUGGAGUUUCGAGACGGUCUUAACUCCACAUCGCCUUUCGUCGGGCGAUAUUGUGCAAAUAGUAGACCCAUCAGAGUUUACUCUUCUCAAAACGUACUCAGAGUUAAAUAUUUUUCAUCUGCAACGAACCAUCGGGCGAAUCUUACUACGGUCAAUAAAUUUAAAGCCGAUUAUCGGACAAUAUGUGGGAAAUUUAUCCGAGAGAGCUCAGCGGUGAUAAGAUCACCCCCUUUAUACCAAAAUUUCACCAGUGUUAAUCGUUGUUUGUUUACGAUUGCUGUCCCAUAUGGGUGGAUUAAAGUGACCUUCACCAACUUUACUGUCGGAAAAUCUGACAUGUGUCACACUGACUUUGUCAUGGUCAAAGAAACUGCCUUUGUCGAGGUCAAGAGCACCACUCGAGGAUAUGAGCGUUUAUGUGGGGAGUUAAAGUCGUUUUACAUAUUUUCAAAAGGACGUGAAUUAUCUUUGCUUCACCAGACGUCUCAACAAUUCAAAUCAAAUUUUGCAGCAACUUUUAAAGGUACGAACACAAGCAUGGCACCCUGCGGGGGUCUCUUGACAAACGAUGCUGGCUACAUCUACUCCUACGGGUACCCGAAACCAUACCCCAGAGCUGCCGAAUGUGUUUGGAAAAUCGAAGUUCGACAUGGCUACGUCAAAUUAAAAUUCCUCGAGUUUAAUUUCGCUACUGCAAGGACUGGAUGCACAAAUGGACAAGUAGAAGUCUAUGAUGGUUGGUCUGGUAAUUCUGUAAAAAUUAAAACUGCUUGCAGCCAACCUCGCAAACUAACCUGGCUAUCGAAAUCAAAUAGGCUCCUAAUUAAAGCAACCUCUAAAAACAAAGAAGCUGGGAUGUUUGUACUAAGUUAUAAGCUAGUGGAGCAAGGCUUGUGCUCUGCAGGCGAAUUUUGCUGUACAAGUCGACAAUGCAUAAGCCAAGGAGCUGUUUGUGAUGGAUUGCACGAUUGUUCGGACGGUAGUGACGAAUUAAAUUGCCCCGAAAAGAAACCUAGCAAAGCUCUGUAUAUACUUUGGGUACUUAUUGUAUUUUUCGCCUCAAUUCUGAUGGUAAUAUGGUUAUGGAGGACCUGGCGUAGAGCUGUUCACCGCACAGUACAAAUUCGAAGAGACCAAUGUCCUGAAGCAGAUGAUUAUGCUUGUGAGGUUCCAUCACAAAGUGGUGCUCCUCCGACAUAUAGUGAAGCUUUAAAUCAUGACACUCCUACAAGUCCGCCAACCUAUGAGGAAGCUCUGCUUAACGACAAUGGGGGAGUGAUACUGGAGCAAGGAAACACUGUUCGAUUUCCUGCCCGCCCAGUCAGCUGUAGCCGCCAUUUGUUGCCAUUGAGAUAUGAUUCGCAAAGAAGACAUGGUAGACGUGGCAAUAAUACUAGGCAGAGUCACGGUAGACACGGCAAUAAUACUAGGCAGAGUCCGCUAGGAAUUGUGUGA